GCCUGCAACCCGAAGAGUGGACGAGAGGGUGAAUCCGCGGUCUGAUGCACAGCCUCCCCGACCUACGACGCCAUGCAUGAAUAGAGGAGGUGAUGGCGUGCGUCGAAAGAGGAUCAGUUCUGCUGGAAGGCCCGGCAGGCCAUCCUCCAGCACUGUGGGCGUGCGGAUGUUUCAGCUGGAAAGCCGACUGCUGGGAGAACACCGCGUUCCAGGCUGCGAGGCAGCACCUGCCAAGGAAUGCCGUGGAAGUGACAAUUUUUCAACGGGAGAUGGCCGAGAUAGCCAACUUCGACCAACGCGGCCAGCCUCCUCGGGCAGCCGAGCUCAUGGAUCUGGUCGAAUCUCCUCAAAGCUCAUUCAGGAGGCAAUGCAGAUGUGUCGUCAAUCUCAAGCUGGAAGCAGCGCCGCUACUGUGUGCAGCACAGAGCAUGGUUAUGAGGCAGUGCCACCUUCAAUGUCACCACCUCCAGAUCAGCUUGAAAGGCCCCGAGCGCCGACCCCGGAGCAAACAAAUCACUGGCUGCAGGGAAUGGAGUUUGGAGCGGAAGAGGAAGCGAAGGCGGCACCACAGGUCAGUGCAGUCUGCAGUACUCUGCAAUGCCCGAGACCAGAGGCGGUUUCUCCACGAGAUGCUCAAUGGACGCGUCCACGAAGCCCCACGCCCACGAAGAUGCUGGCUUGGGGCGAAGAGGACACGCCAAGCGCCGGAUCCAAUCUACGAGCUUUGUAUUUCUCACCCAGUGAUGAUGACUAUCCAGCGAGAGGUGACCACUCCGACGGUCUCAUCAACAGACUCAUCGAGGCAUGUCAAAUGGAUGAUGUUCGGCGCGCCUUCGGCAUUUACGAGAGGCUGAGACGACAGAGAGUACCGCUGUAUGAAGGAGUCUACAAGCUGAUCAUUGAGUGCUGUAUUCGAACUCAUCAGCUUGGUCAUGGAAUCCAGUUCUAUGAGACUCUCAAAAGCUCCGGUCAGCGAGUCUCCUCACGGAUCGUCAUUGUCUUGAUAGAGGCCUGUGCCAGAGAGCAGCACAGCGAAAAGGUGCACGCUCUUUGGCAGGAUUGGUGUCAGCCCAAUGAGCCGAUUCGCCCUUGUCAUCGUGAUGUCUUCAUGGCAACGCUUGCUGCUUUGGUCAGGACAAUGUGUCCUGAUCUGGCACUGGAGCUUCUGCAAGAUGUUCGACACAGGUCUGGUGACUCUACGUGGGUCCUCAAUGUGGAAGCGGAGGUCCAGGACUUGUUGCAGCUGGUGGACACAGCAGCAAGCGAGGCCAAGCACAAUGGAGAGCAGCUAGGCGACAGCCUGCUUGCAAGCUACAGUGAGCUACAGGAUCUGCUGCUUCAGCUACUUGAUGAAGCAGACAGCCAUGCAACCACUCCGAGAUACGGUCGACCGAAGAGUGUGGAACACGUGGUGGAGCACAGUGGAGGUCUACGCGAUGAUGAACUGCUUCUCAUGGAGGAUGUUGAUUUAGACUUGGAGCUUGCGGCGAUGUGAUCCUGGCAGUUUGGUCAGGUUUGUUAAUGCGUUUGGCCAUUGUAAGUGUACUUGUUUCAAUGUGGCCGUGUUCUGCCAAGACGGCAUAGCUUUAUCGGUAGGUCCCUCGUAUGUGCCUUGCUGAAACGGCAUCGCAACGCGAUGGGAGAGAACAAAGCGAGAUAAA